AUGAUACUUUGUGAUUCAGCAGCACUGGCAGAAUGUGUCAUAACAAAUCUGAUGAACAUUCACUUGAUCAUUCGAAAGAAAGCAAGUGCAACGAAAAGUUUUCUGAUGCAAGCAUUCGCAUCCGAGAUUGCAAUAAUGAACAAUUUAUUGUAUAACUGCAAGCGCUCAACGAAUGCUCUAAUUAUUCUGAUAAUCAAACUUCAACUGAUUUGCUCAAGAGCAGAGAGCGAUUUCGAGAGUGAUGAAGCAACUGGUGGCAUGCACACGAGAACUACUCCAGUUAUGGAUCGAGUUGCGUUGAAUCUGGCCGAUGCUUUCAUAAAAUCGAUAUUUCCCGAACUCGAAGAAACCACCGCUAUGAGUGCACAAAUACCCCAAGAGAUCCGCCGUUCACCAACACACGACAGCAAUAUAUUCGGCUUAACAAACGUCGGAAGAAGCGGUGCAUAUUCGUCCAUACUGAACGCAAAAUUUGAUCCUGAAUACGAUGGAAUGAAUCAACAAAUACAAUCUGAAACAAUGGAGGAUUCGGCGCAGCCAUCACCCCUAGAAAAUAUACUCACAUCAAUGCUAGUCGCGCAGCCACCGUUCGAUGACGAAAAGUCGAUAGCCUCUACGGAUGACGUUGACGAAAUAAAUGAAGCUCGUUCGAGCAAAUAUCUGGCUGAUUUACGGCGGAAUCAACGCGAACUUGAUGAAUACACAGAUCAGCAAAUGCGACACUUAGAUGAGCAACUUCGUUAUCAGCAAGCACUAAUCAAUGAACGAGCGAGUGCAGUCCUGGCAAUGCGACGUCAUCACGCAAAACUGAUCAAGAAACGAAUGCAUUUGGUCGCUCGACAACGAGUUCGUGCCGAACAAAACAUCGAAGAUGCUGGAACUGAUGACGAGUAUACUGAAGAGGAUAUUGAUACACUGGAUUCAGAUGCAAACGAGGAGUAUGAUGAUAGAAGCAAUGGAAACGAUUACGUUGUUGAUGAGAGCAACGAUGGUGUGCAGCUCACUGAUGAAAGUUAUGACGACAGCGACACCAGUCGGAAUGGGGGUGGUGGAGUUGAUGGAAGACGGAAGAAGACAAGAAAAUCAUCUCAGAGGCCAGGGCCAUUUCAAGUAAAAGCUCGAACUGAAGCUUCGCUGUCGAUGCGCGAGGAAGGAACAGACCCACUACCACGAUCCUCCCAACGUGCAAUGGGUCAAAAACAACACAGAAAUUACGGCCUAAAGCAACACCUGAACCUCAGCCCUCCGCGUAUUUUCGAGCAGAUUUGCACAGCGUGUGAAGCUGUUGAUUUGCGCAAGCUUCAAGGAUCGUGGACUCAAAUCUACGGCAAUUCGAAGGUGCUUCAUCAAAGAUUUUCACCUAUUUUGAGCCUGGAAUCGUUGAGGCCGCAACAGGUGGACACCGAGACCACAACAACAAACAAUAUGACAACAACAGAGACAAGUUGCGUUGGAAUCAAUAUAUAUACGAUGAAUUUUGAACUGUUGAAAGUACAGCCGAUUCUUGAUUUUAAUCGGACAUUGAAUAAAGGUUUUUUGAGUAGAUUGAAAAGCAAUGGAGUCAAUUAUCCUGGUUAUGUUGAGAAAUCGAACAGUAAUCGACGCGCACGAGUGAAACUCAUUUUCGGCGAUGACCCAACCGGUCUUCGAAUGCAUCAGAAAUUCGCUUGCUCACCUCUGGCUGAAAGGAACUUCUUUAGAACACCUUACGAUCAGUUCAUUGAACGCGAUUUCCAUCUGCAUUUACCAUACGCUGGUUAA